CCUGGCCUGCUGGCGCGGCUGGGCAGCUCGCUCAAUCUUCCGCUGCCGCUCCCCCUUCGCAACCGCAAUCGCAGCGUGACCGACUUCCACGUUCUCUGCGACGAGCCGCACCGGAAAUACAGCGCUGGCGACCAUGUCCACGGCACCGUCAUUCUUGUGGUCGUCAAGCCGGUGCGCAUCACCCACCUGGUCGUCACCCUGCACGGCUUCGUGCGCGUACUGAGGGAUCCUGCAGGCGCUGCCAAGGUCCGCAACACCGUUACGCUGCCGCAGGGAGGCAGCUCGUCACGGCCGCAGUAUCACGGCAACGGCUUCGCAAGCCUCUUCCAGGAUGAGCAGGUGCUAAGCGGCGAGGGAAGGCUUGAUCCCGGCAGAUACGAGUUUGGCUUCGACCUGGUGUUCCCCGACAAGGGACUGCCGAGCAGCAUUGAUUUCGAGCGCGGAACGAUAUCGUACAUGGUCACGGCAACCCUCACGCGGCCGGUCUCCAUGGCGGCGACGAUGACUUGCGAGAGAAAGGUCAUGCUGGCCGAAAGGAUAGACGUCGGUCUCCUGCCUCCGCCACCACCGAGGACGAUUUUUCUAGAGCCUAUAUCCAAGAGGACGAAGAGGAAGAAGUCAUCGAUGGCGCUGGACAAGAGCUCCCUUGCUACGCCAGAGCCUGUGGAUAGCGAACGGAGAGGGGCGGCAGCGUUGAGCGACGUGCAAAGCGAGAUCAGUGGCGAGAGCGGACGCAGCAUCAGCACUGCCAUGAGCCGCAGCGACACGGCUCAGUUAACACAGGUCGGCAGCACCGGCCUCACGACGGCGCAGCAGGCUGUGAACGACAAGACCAUUACCGCCAGCAUCGAGCUUCUUAGAGGCGGCUGCCUGCCGGGCGACGCCGUGUCGGUGCGCGUUACAGUGCAGCACAUCAAGCAGGUCAAGAGCAUGACUGGAGUUAUAGUGACGCUUUUCCGUCAGGGCAAGAUUGACUCCUCGCCCCCGUCGCAGCUGUUCAAGGACAUGCUUACCAGGGAGGAUGCUCGUCGAUUACAGAGGGAAGAUAUAUACCCUAGGUCGCGCACGGGAUUGGGUGGCCUGUCUCUCUCCUCCGCCGGCUCCAUCAGCGUGUUCCGCAAGGACCUCGACCAGACAACGGCGCCGCUCAUCAUUGACCCAAACACCAUGCAGGCGUCGGUCACGGUGCCGGUCAAGGUCCCCGACGACUCUUUUCCGACCAUCAAGGGGGUGCCCGGGGAUAUGAUUUCCUUCAAGUACCAGGUGGAAGUCAUUGUCGACCUGGGUGGGAGGCUGUCAGGUCAUUUCCCGUCGCGCAAAACUUCGAGAUUCGGCACCUUUAGCAGCAGCGCUACAGACCAGAGCAUCAGCAUGUUCUCGCAAAGAAGAGGGGCACAGAUAGAAAUCAUGGACACGGCUCCUCUGCGAAGGCAAAAGGGCAUUGUGUGCGUUACCAUCGAGUCUAUUGUGGGCACCGUAGACUCCUCGGGGGCACGGAGGCUGAUUAAGCUUUCCUCGUCAUCAAAGACGCUCGACAACGGGGAGAGCGACGACGACCUCGGCUUUAUACCAACACCGACCCGUUACGACGAUAUCGAUCGUCACGAUCCUCAUCCCCACGGACCGCCUCCACAAGGCUACUUUUCUUCUCAUCCAAGCCAGCGACGACCAUCUUACUCUCCUCCUACCCCUUCUCACCCUAGCUAUACACAAUUGCAUAAUCACGGUCUUGCGCCAUCAUACACGCCCCCUCCUCCUCAGCUGCUUGACCGGAGCAACCUCUCGGAGAAAGAUCGCAUACGACAGGCAGAGCAAAGACUGCUGCCCAGCCGGCCGCCUGCCGGGCCGUCUUCACCCGACGAAGACGACAUCUACGACGCGCAAGCCACGCCUCGACCACCCUAUGCAGGCAAUUCAGGGGAAGAGGAUAACCCGGGCCCGUCGGCUCCGACAGAAGAAGAGCUCACGGCCGCCGUCAGCCCGCUGGCAGGAGCCGGGGAAGAUAAACAGGAACUCGAACGGAGGCGGCUAAUGCAGGAAGCCAGCGCGCCCCCCGAAUUU